AUGGACGGCGAAGCAGCGUCCGUCAUGCAUCCGGCCGGCGCGUUUAACCCGGCAGCGCCGCCUUUCCCAACACCGAACUACCACGUCGUCCCAAUGCUGCAGCCUCCGCCGCCGCCGCCCCCCAUCCCGGUCCGCAGGGUAUGGGACAUCAACCUCGUGGCCGAGCUGCGCUUCCUCCGCCACUUCGCGAGCAGCGCCCGCUACGCCGCGGUAACGAUCCACUACCCCGGCGUCGUCCACGGCGGCGCCGGGGCCCAGCAGAACAACCACGCCCUGAUGACGGCGGAGGAGCGGUACGGCGCGAUGAAGGCCAACGUCGACGCCCUCAAGCCGAUCCAGCUCGGCCUCGCCGUCUACAACGAAUUCGGCCACCUCGCCGCCUGGGAGUUCAACAUCCGCGGCUUCCACCCCGCCGCCGACCCGCACGCGCCCAACUCCGUCGAGUACCUCGAGCGCCGCGGCCUGAGCUUCCGCGACCACCAGGCUUUCGGCGUCGACCCGGCGAGGCUCGCCGCGGAGCUCGACGGCUGCGGCAUGUUCCGCCGCCGGCCGGGGGUGUCCUGGAUCACCUACGCCGGCGCGUUCCACGUCGCCUACCUCAUGAAGGUCCUGUCCGCCGGCAAUGGCGGCGGCAACCUGCUCCCCGACAGCCUGGGCGGGUUCCUCGACGUGGUGAGGCAGCGCCUUAGCGACGACAUCUACGACGUGGCCAGGAUGGCCGUCGACUGCGGGCUGCCGCCCGGGCUGGAGCGUGUCGCGAGUGCGCUCUGGUUGGUGCCGGCCUCCCUGAGCCCCUGCCUCGCCGGCGCCAGCAGCGUGCUCGCGCUGCAAGCGUUCAUGAGGCUUAAGUAUGACGUGCUCGGUGGCAAGGUCGAUAGGUUCAGAGGCCUUAUCCAUGGGAUACAGGUCGUGUGA